UUUGAAAAAUGACGGUGCCCUAAAAAUACAUACCUUUCCUAGAGUAAUGACUUUAGUAUCAGGAAAGGUACAGGUGGAAGAAAGGAGGGGCUCUAACGCUGAGCCUACAGACCACUGCGACGCCUAAAAUCUCAACAGCCGCCUCACUGUAAGGCUGCUCCGGAAUGGUGGCGCAGGGCUCUUCCUAUCAUUACUAUGUAGUUCUAUUUCCUGAUCUGAGAAAGGAACUGGGGAAAAUCAGGUAAACUCCGCAGGGUGCUUCUGGACCAGGAAUUUCUGCGUCGCCGCAACCUGCGCCCGCGCCCAGUCAGACAGCCGCAUCCAGGCGCGACGCGCAUUCCUGGUUGGCGGAUUCGUCACUUCUUGGUGUCAGAAGUUAAAAUGAAAAUUCUAAUUUAUCUACUUCGGAAUCACUUCUUUUCCAAGAAAACAGAAGCAAGAGCAACUCGGAGUCCUUGAAUCUUUUUUUUUUCCUCUCGUGACUCCCACAAUAUCUACACCAUGUUUGCCGGGGAUUGCGUCGAAAGCGACGACGCGGACGCUCAGGCCUCGGUGUCCAGCGCGCAGUCGCGGCGGCCCUCGCUCCCGCCCCUGCCGGGAGGUCCGACGUGGAAGUUGCUGGCUGACCAAGCUUCCAAAGAAACUGUCUGGGAGCCAAGAGUCCGAGCUGUGCCGGAGCGCAGGCCUAGGCGAGGGGAGGUGGCGGCGCCGAGACUCGAAUAGGAGUCGCUGCCGAGGUCGGGGCCGGUCUCUGACAGUGGACGAGGGCGGACAGGCGGUUCAUCAUGGGUGGCUUUUUCUCAAGCAUCUUUUCCAGUCUGUUUGGAACUCGGGAAAUGAGGAUUUUAAUUUUGGGAUUAGAUGGAGCAGGAAAAACUACAAUUUUGUACAGAUUACAGGUUGGAGAAGUCGUGACUACUAUUCCUACCAUUGGAUUUAAUGUUGAGACAGUAACAUACAAGAACCUUAAAUUCCAAGUCUGGGAUUUGGGAGGACAGACAAGCAUCAGGCCAUACUGGAGAUGUUAUUAUUCAAACACAGAUGCAGUCAUUUAUGUAGUUGACAGUUGUGACCGAGACCGAAUUGGCAUUUCCAAAUCAGAAUUAGUUGCCAUGUUGGAGGAAGAAGAGCUGAGAAAAGCCAUUUUAGUGGUGUUUGCAAAUAAGCAGGACAUGGAACAGGCAAUGACUCCCUCAGAAAUGGCAAAUUCACUUGGGUUACCUGCCUUGAAGGACCGAAAAUGGCAAAUAUUCAAAACUUCAGCAACCAAAGGCACUGGCCUUGAUGAGGCAAUGGAAUGGUUAGUUGAAACAUUAAAGAGCAGACAGUAAUUCAGUCACUUUUGCUCCUCUGAAACGAAGACCACAUCACAUAUCCCUUUGGAAACAGUUAAGUGUGCUCCACACUACUAAAUGUUAAAGCUGUCUGAUUGUCAGCAUAUACCGAACUGACUGGAACAUUUGUAAUACAUAUUAAAACUAAGUAUUUGGUUGGAAGGGUAACUCAUCGUGAUUGAACCAACUGAAUGUCUGCCCUAUAUAAUGUAAAAUAUUCCUUCCUUGUUAUCUUGUGUUAAGGUAUAUAUUCUAUUUGUAUGUAGUCCUAUUAUUCAGAUACAGUCCUAUUAAAGAAUGUACUCUUAAUGAGGAAAAAAACCCUCCGAUUUUUAAAUUAGUGGUUGCAUCUUGUUUGUAUUAACACUAAUGAAUAUCUUAACUCAGAUUUUUCCCUCUAAAAUGAAUUAGGUUUUUCCAAAGAUUAGGCUCAAUAGAGAAGGCCAAGAACUUAGCGUGGGUAAUUAUAGUCUUCAUUUGUUUAAUGACCACUUUAUCUAAGCUGUUUAGUUUAAAAGCUUUUGGUUAUAGGCAUGAAAUAAUUAUUUUGGUGGCUAACUUCACUGACUUAUCUGUAAUUAUUAUUUUAUACUAUUUAUAGUUGUUUAGGAAUUUUUUUCAGAUUUGGACCUACUCAGUCAAUUUGUACAGGAAUCCUGCCAUGUAGCUAGGACAUCAUUUUUACAUCUUCAUUUUUAUGGACAUGGGCCCAAAAUGCUGAUAGACUGGCUUGACUAAAGUCACCUGCAAGGGGAUCUUACAGUGAGAUUUCAGGGUCAGAAGCUUGUCCCAUGAACUAUACUAUAAAUUCCUGGAAGUGCCAGCAUUGACAACACAAGUUAAUUCCUUAUGUAAAAUUAAGCUAAUAGAAGUUGACAUAGUGCAUUCAAAAUAAUGUCUAUAAAUUUUUCCGUACUAGUAGAGGUAGUAGAAAUAGUCCUCAAUGGUUAUAUUUGAUCAAAUUCACAACACAUUAAACAGAAUUUCAUAUUAAAGGAAAUUUUUUGAAAACAAGACUUAUUUUAAGAAGCUUUGUAAAGGAUGUUUUUUACUGUCUUUGGUUCCUUCUAUCUACCUGUAAUUGAACAUGUGACUUUGAAUGGUGAAAAGUCAAAAUCUUAUUGAUUCUAGAGGGAGAGAAACUAAGUAUUCCUGAUUUAAAAAAUUAGACUUACUGCUGCUAGACUAUCAAAAACAAUUAUUUCCUAAUGGACUUUUUAAAGGAACUUUACAAACAACCCAGUCUACAGUGAGACAGAAGUAAAUAGAGACCUUAGUAAUUACUAAAAUUGGGAGCAAUUUUUUUCAGGCCUUCUUCCAGGAGCACAUGUUCCCAGUGUACCCCAAAGUACUAACAAUAUAUAACUGACAUCAUGUCCUGAUUUGCAAGGCACUCCUGAUGAGCAAACUGUCUUUUUCAUAUUCAUAUCCCUAAUGUCCAGUAUGGUACCUGGCACAUUAUGGCACUUCAGAAUAUGUUCAUGGUUAAAAAUGGUAGGCUGUAUGUCUGUCAGCUAGGAAACUAGUACAUCAGCACUUUAUACUUGGGUCCCUUUCUGGUCAGUGGCACAUAUCUAGUGUUAGACUUGUACCUAAAUGGAUAAGCACUCCCCAGUGGUUCAGGAACACUGAAAAUAGAAGUAUGGGGAGGUACAACCUUGGCAGGCAAAUACUGCCUGACAAAUAGCCUUGGUAGCAAAGGCCUGCACUUGGAUGAUCCUGAUCCCUCUGGUUUGCCACAAAGAAUAGGAUGGGAUAAAUAGAGCAUACACUGACAUUAACCUGGUAUAAAUGAGAAGGUCCUUGUCUAGCAGGAAACAGCUGUAGGUUACAGGAGGUUGAAUGUUUAUAUUUAUAAAAAUCUACUUAGUCUUGUUUCAUGAGAAGCCUGAAAAGGACCAAACUUGAAAUCAGAGCAUAUGAGUUCUAGGCACAAAGGGCCACUCCAUCAGUUUCUGUUUGGUUUUUCUUUUUGUACAAAUAAUAUCAAAGGUUUCUUUUAGCGCUAACAUUCUGUUUUAUAAUUCUGUUUAGUAGUUGUGCUGUGUCAUGUGAUCAAAUUUAGAAAGAGAAAUUGAGAGUGGAAUUCUAUUAUCAGAAUACCUGAGAUGCACUUUAAAUUGUGGAACUGUAAGCUCCUUGAGGGCAGGGACCAUACCGUAUUUACUGUUAGAAUCCCUUGCAUCUAGCGUGGUGCACCUGGCACAUACUUGGUACUGGGCUCUCAAUAAAUAUUUACUGGAAUAAAUAUUGAUUAAAUACUGAUUAGAAUGAUUAAAUAUUGAUUAAAACAAAGCCGUGCUCAAUA